GGUUGUGGCAACGCGACUACAACGGCUCCUACUGGAGCUCAACCUGCUCCAGCUUCUGCUGGAACUGGUUACAUUCCUUCUGCAGGGCCACCUUAUGGCACACAGAGCGGCUCUACUUACGAUCCACAGACAUUUACUAGUUACAAUGCAUUUAGAGGAUCUGCUUACGAUGCAAUGAGAGGACAAAUGUUUGAUGCUCAAAGAACUGGCUAUGAUCCAUAGAGAGGUUCGAGUUAUGAAGUGCAGAGAGGACAUGCUUAUGAUCCAUCAAGAGCAGCAUCUGGUUAUGAUGCCCUAUCAAGAGGUGUUGCUGGUCCACGGGGACAAGUUCCUCCUGUGAACAACAUGCCUUAUGGGACAAGUCAUCAAGUCGAUUCGGGAAAAUCAUUAAUGAAUUAUCUUCCGUAGAGAUGUUCAUCGAGGAAGUCAUGGAACUUGUGGAGCUAAACCCACUAAGGGAUGCAAUGCAAUUGUCGGAUUAACAGGCAUUAGUGGUCUGUCGACAUAGCAGCGCAAAAGUUAGGCAGUUGCAGUUGAGUUAGUGGUUAAUCGUUCUAUAAUAUUCAUGGAUGAGCCAUAUUCCGGGCUAGAUGCAACGGCUGAUUCUAUUGUUAUGAGAUAAGUUAAAAACAUAGUGGACACCAUUGGUCUUACUGGCGCAUUCCACUGUACAAUGCCAUGCGGUUUCUCUUUACAACUGUUGUCGCUGUGUUGCUUGGCAGCAUGUACCAGAACUUUGGCACUAAAAUGUAAGAUCAAACCAGAAACUGAAACUUAUGGAUUAGUCUUUGCCAUAUUGAUAAAGAUACUAAAUUUCCAACGACGCUAAAAUUACCGUUGAACACGGAUGAAUUGGAAAUGGAGAGUGGUACUGAUGUUGAGGGAAGAUUCAGAGGAAGCAGUAAGAGAAGUAUCAGGUUUAACAGUUCAUCAUCACUAAGCAUCAGCAGUGAGGCGGAUAAUAUCUUCCCUAACUCUGUUAAUAGGGAGGACAAUGAUGAUGAAGAGGCUUUGAAAUGGGCUGCAAUUCAAAGGCUUCCAACUGUUAGACGUUUGAGGAGAGGUUUGUUGAUUACCUCUGAAGGAGUGGUUAGUGAAAUUGAUAUACACAAACUUGGGAUGCAAGAAAGGAAAUAUUUGCUAGAAAGAUUAGUGAGAAUUGCUGAUAUCGACAAUGAAAAAUUAUUAUUGAAAUUAAGGGGUCGCUUGAACAGAGUUGGAAUGGAGAUGCCUACGAUCGAAGUUCGAUUUGAGCACAUGAAGAUCGAAGCAGAAGUUCACAUAGGAAAAAGAGCUUUGCCUACCCUCACUAAUUACGCGCUUGAUAUGGUAGAGGCUCCAUUUAACUAUAUACUAAGAAGAAGAAGACAAAAAGUGAACAUUCUCAAGAAUGUUAGUGGAAUAAUAAAACCUGGCAGGAUGACAUUGCUGUUAGGCCCUCCAAGUUCUGGAAAAACGACACUCCUUUUGGCCUUAGCUGGAAAACUUGAUCCCAAGCUAAAGUUCUCUGGGAAGGUGACUUAUAAUGGUCAUGAGAUGAAUGAAUUUGUACCUCAAAGAACUGCUGCUUAUGUCAGUCAAAACGAUCUUCACAUUGGCGAAUUGACAGUUAGAGAAACUUUGGAAUUCUCAGCAAGAUUCCAAGGUGUUGGGCUUAGAUAUGAUAUGCUAGAAGAAGUAUCAAGAAGAGAAAAAGAGAGAAACAUUAUCCCUGAUCCAGAUAUUGAUGUCUUUAUGAAGGCUAUUGCAACUGCGGGCCAGAAAUCAAAUCUUGUAAUAGAUUAUUAUUUAAAGAUUUUGGGACUAGAGACCUGUGCAGAUACUGUGGUGGGAAAUGCAAUGUUAAGAGGUGUCUCUGGAGGACAAAGGAAACGGGUUACGACAGGGGAGAUGCUAGUAGGAACAGCUAAGGCUCUAUUCAUGGAUGAAAUAUCUACUGGUUUGGAUAGCUCAACAACUUUUCAAGUUGUGCAAUCAGUGAGGCAGUCUGUCUACCAUCUCAAUGGAACUGCUGUUAUCUCACUCCUGCAGCCACCACCAGAGACUUACGAUCUUUUUGACGACAUUAUUCUACUCUCUGAGGGGCACAUUGUGUACCUGGGUCCUUGUGAACACGUGCUUGAAUUUUUUGCUUCAUUAGGUUUCAUGUGUCCAAAAAGAAAAUCUGUGGCAGACUUUUUACAAGAAGUGACAUCAAUGAAAGAUCAGGAGCAAUAUUGGGCAGAAAGAGGGAAGCCUUAUAGAUUUGUAACACCUAGAGAGUUUGCGGAGGCAUUUCAGUCAUUUCAUGCCGGGAGAAACCUUGGUAAUGAACUUGCUACUCAAUUUGACAAGUCUAAAAGUCACCCAGCUGCUUUGGCGACUAACAAGUAUGGAACUGAAAAGUGGGAAUUGUUCAAAGCUUGCUUAUCAAGAGAACUUUUACUGAUGAAGCGCAAUUCAUUUAUAUAUAAAUUCAAACUUUACCAAGUAGGUUCUAACAAUUUGAACAUUAUAGUAUUUCACUAUGUAUAUGCUAUUCUAUUACUAAUACAUUUCCCCUUCUUCAAGCUUGCUGCGAUGGCUAUCAUUACCAUGACCGUUUUUCUCCGAACUGAAAUGCACCAUGAUUCAGUGAUUGACGGCGGCAUAUAUGCCGGUGCAUUGUUCUAUGGAAAUAUGGUGCUUUUAUUUAAUGGAUUUGCUGAACUUUCAAUGACUGUUGCGAGGCUUCCAGUCUUUUACAAGCAUAGGGACAUGCUCUUCUACCCUUCUUGGGCAUAUGGUAUUCCUUCAUGGAUCCUUAAAAUUCCCAUAACAUUGGCUGAAGCAGUUGUUUGGAUAGCCCUCACCUAUUUUGUCAUCGGUUACGAUCCUGAAGUUGGAAGAUUAUUUAGACAAUUCCUUCUUCUCAUAAUUAUCAACCAAAUGGGUACCGGACUAUUCCGAUUUCUUGGAGCAGUUGGUAGAGAAAUGACAGUAGCUCUAACACUUGCGUCAUUUAUGUUGUGCUUCUUCAUUGCCAUGGGUGGUCUGGCCCUCUCGAGAGAUGAUAUAAAAACAGGGUGGAUAUGGGGAUUCUGGAUAUCGCCUAUAAUGUAUGCUCAAAAUGGCUUAGUGAAUAACGAGUUCCUAGGGAAGACAUGGAGACAUGUUCUUCCUAACUCAACAGACCCGCUAGGAGUUGAAGUUUUGAAAUCCCGUGGGUUCUUUACAGAGCCGUACUGGUAUUGGAUAUGUUUCGGGGCAUUGAUUGGAUAUACAUUAUUGUUCAACUUGGGUUACAUUCUUGCUCUAACAUACUUAAAUUCAAUUGAAAAGCAUCAGGUUGUGAAAUCAGAGCAAUCUCAAAGCAGUGAAGAGAAUGGUCGAAGUAAAAGUGGAAUGGUUCUUCCUUUUGAUCCACAUUGUAUAACUUUUGAUGAGGUCUCAUAUUCUGUAGACAUGCCUCAGGAAAUGAGGAGUCAGGGUGUCCUUGAAGAUAAGUUGGUUCUUUUGAAUGGUGUUAGCGGAGCUUUUAGACCAGGUGUUCUCACUGCACUAAUGGGUGUCACCGGUGCCGGAAAAACAACUUUGAUGGAUGUACUUGCUGGUAGGAAAACUGGGGGAUAUAUUACUGGAAACAUCACAAUUUCUGGCUAUCCUAAAAACCAAGAAACCUUUGCAAGAAUUUCUGGAUACUGUGAACAAAAUGAUAUACACUCUCCUCAUAUUACUAUCUAUGAAUCCUUGCUCUAUUCAGCAUGGCUCCGAUUGCCGGAGGAAAUCAAUACAGAAACUAGGAAGGUGUUCGUGGAGGAAGUCAUGGAGCUAGUUGAGCUGACCCCACUUAGGGAUGCAUAUGUUGGUCUCCCUGGUAUUAUCGGUCUCUCAACUGAACAGCGUAAAAGAUUGACUAUUGCAGUUGAGCUGGUGGCUAAUCCUUCUAUCAUAUUCAUGGAUGAACCAACUUCUGGGCUAGAUGCAAGAGCUGCAGCUAUUGUUAUGAGAGCAGUUAGGAACAUAGUAGACACCGGAAGAACAAUUGUGUGUACCAUUCACCAGCCCAGCAUUGAUAUCUUUGAAUCUUUCGACGAGCUUUUCUUAAUGAAACGAGGAGGACAAGAGAUAUAUGUGGGGCCACUAGGACGUCAUUCUUCACAUUUAAUUAACUACUUUGAGGGAAUUCAAGGUGUCAGUAAGAUUAAAGAUGGCUACAACCCAUCAACUUGGAUGUUGGAAGUUACAAGUUCAGCAAAAGAAAUGGAAAUGGAGAUUAAUUUUGCUGAGGUGUACAGAAGUUCAGAAUUGUACAGGAGAAACAAAGCUAUUAUUGAAGAAUUGAGCACUCCAUAUCCUGGUUCAAAGAGCCUUUAUUUUCCUUCGAAGUACUCGAGGUCCUUUUUUACCCAAUGUAUGGCUUGUUUAUGGAAACAACAUUGGUCUUACUGGCGCAAUCCGUUGUACAAUUCAAUAAGGUUUAUCUUCACAAUCGCUGUUGCCUUGUUGCUUGGGGGCAUGUACUGGAAAGUUUCCUCCAAAAUGUAA